UGAUUGAACUCGUUUGUGAUUGGUCAGCCUGCUAUUUCUGAAGAGCAGACUGCAGCUGCUAACAAUAACAGACAGCUGAAUCAAACUUUUUUGAUUUAAGCUGAAGCAAUCAAAUUAUUUCUAUAGUAUGUGUAUACAAUAGUAUGUGCAGGAUAACUUAAAGCAAGUGGCUAAUUAUUGCAUCAAAAAGACCUCUGAAUAAUUGUCCAUGCAGCUCUAUGGUCUUAUUUGGUUUAUAGGUUAAUUUAUGUUUAAUUCAUUUGCCAUCAACAUAAUCUUGAAAUAAGACAGCUGUGAACUUCCUUUUACCCCCAAAAAAUACAUUUUCUUUCUUUCGUCUCCUUCUGUUACCUUAUCUGUGUAGAAACCUCGUCUAUUAUCAUAACUGCAUUGCAAGUGUUUCAUAACUGAUGUGUGCUAUAUAUGCACACGAUGAAAACCGAAAUACAACUGAUGUUCAGUCAUUCAUUUAAAAAAAGACAGAAACCCCUGAUGUCUUUGUCAGUAGUUUGGCCUUAGAGUCUGUGCACACCUCUGCAAUGAGCUUUCCACCUUUAAAAGCCUAUAUAUAGAAACCUGCUUUCAUUUUAAGACUCAAACCUGUUUGACAGCCCUUUGAAUUCGAGUGUGAGUGUGAACCAAGAGCUGCUUUCUUAAAUGCUCUCAUGCAAUUUCUAGGAACUUUAUUGCAAAACUAUCCUGUGAUUAAUAAAGUUGACAUUGCUUCCCACACACUAAAUGAUAAAACUUUUCGCAAAAACUCCGUGCUGUCAGCAGAAUAUUUAUGUUUAUGUCAGCAAUCAACUGGUCUAACCGGCAUGUGCAGUGGCGGAGUAAUCACAUGAAAAUUUGGACAUUCCUUACUUCCUUGUGCAAACUAUAUCCUCUUUAACUCGACGUAUAUAAGCCUGCUGCAGCCUCUCUCAGGAAACAACACUCUCUGACAGCCUCAUGCCUUUUUAAUCGCUAAAUUGACUGGAACUUGAGGUGAAAACAUGUCCAAGACAGGAUUUUCAACUGGUGUGUGGUUGUUUUUUGCCUGCUGCUUCUGUUGCAGCAAAGCUAUGCCAACUAAAGUCAGCCAGGAGGCUGUGAACGACAGGCCUGUGAUUGGCAUUUUGACUCAGAUAGUUUCAGAUGAGCUCAUGAAACCGUUCGGGAAGACCUACAUACCUUCCUCCUAUGUGAAAUUCACUGAGUCUGGGGGCAGCAGAGUGAUGCCGAUCAGAUUGACUCUUACGACUGCUGAAUAUGAACAAAUCUUCAGGCAGAUAAACGGCUUGCUGUUAAUUGGAGGAGCAGCAGAUUUGCAGACGUCAGACUUUGCCAAAGUGGCAAAGAUUUUUUACCAACUUGCUCUGAAGGCCAAUGAUCAAGGAGACUUCUUCCCCAUCUGGGGCACAUGCAUGGGCAUGCAGCUGCUGACUGUGCUGGUGGCCGGGGAAAAUCUGCUGGAAAAAGCCACAGCUGAGAACACCCCCCUGCCCCUUAACCUGACAUCAGAAGCCACUUCUAGUCGGAUGUUUGAGGGUUUCCCCAACGAGCUCAUGAGAGCUUUGACCGAAGAACCUCUGACUGGCAAUUUUCACCACUAUGGAGUUGCAGUUAAGACUUUUCAGGAAAAUGAGAAGCUGCAGACUUUCUUCUCUGUGCUGUCUACAAACGUUGCUGAGAAUGAAGUCCACUUUGUCUCCACCAUAGAAGGUAAAAGAUAUCCCUUCUAUGGAGUACAGUGGCACCCAGAGGUGAAUCGUUUUCAGUGGAAUAGAAAGGGGAACAUUCCUCACUCCGCUCAUGCUGUUCAGUUAUCUUCUCUGCUGGCUGAGUUUUUUGUAAAUGAAGGAAGGAGAAGUUUACAUCAGUUUGACAAUCCAGAGGAAGAGGACUCGUUGCUGAUUUACAACGACACGCCUGUCUACGCUGGAAACUUCACAGCAUAUGAGCAGAUCUAUUUCUACUGAGCGGCUCCGUCUGUGUGUCCUGCUGUGUAUACACACUUACAUGUCCAGACAUAAAACAACAAAACACUUUAUUUUGUAAUCACAGCUAGCUAUAAACAAAUAAUGUGCUGUCAUU